CCCCUUAGUGCAAAACAUUAUUGGGGGGUAGUAGAGGUUAAGAGUCUUAUCCACAUAAGGAAGUCCUAAGAUUCUUGCAUACAAGGCAGUGUUCCAAAUGGCUAAUAAUCAACCAAACACACCAGCUUUACUUUUCAUUUGUUUUCUCUGUUUAUGGCUUUCAUGCACAGAUUCUUCAUCUUCAUCUUCUUCUUCAACCCAAAAAGCACAGGAUUUAGACAGGAUAAGGCAUUUGCCAGGGCAACCAAACAGGCCUUUAGUGACACAGUACUCAGGCUACAUCACAGUUAAUGAGUCUCAUGGGAGGGCCCUCUUCUACUGGUUCUUUCAAGCCCAAUCCCAACCCUCAAUCAAACCUCUCAUUCUAUGGCUAAAUGGAGGGCCAGGUUGCUCAUCAAUUGGAUAUGGAGCUGCUUCAGAGUUGGGUCCUCUCAGAGUUCAGGAAAAUGGGUCUGCUCUUCACUUCAACAAUUAUUCUUGGAACAAAGAAGCCAAUUUAUUGUUUGUGGAGUCUCCAGUGGGCGUUGGCUUCUCAUACACAAACACUUCCUCUGAUUUGACCACUCUGGAUGACCACUUUGUUGCCCAAGAUUCAUACAACUUUAUAGCCAAUUGGCUUGAAACAUUCCCACAGUUCAAGAAUCAUGACUUCUUCCUUGCAGGAGAGAGCUAUGCAGGCCACUAUGUUCCCCAACUAGCCGAGGUUAUUUUUGACCGAAACAAGGAUAAGAAGAAAUACCCACACAUAAAUCUCAAGGGUUUCAUAGUGGGAAACCCAGAAACGAAUGAUUAUUAUGAUUACAAAGGGCUUUUGGAAUAUGCAUGGAGCCAUGCAGUGAUUUCAGAUCAAAACUAUGACAAAGCCAGAGAAGCAUGCGACUUCGCAAGCUCUAAAUGGUCGAAUGAGUGCAACGAAGCCAUAUCAACUGUGUUCUCGAGAUACGAAGAAAUCGAUAUCUAUAAUAUCUAUGCACCCAAAUGUCUUUUGAACGACUCUUCGUCGCAAAUGGGUAUUAAUAACAAUGCAAAUGGAAGGUUGAUAAAGCGAAUCCCAGCAGGGGGUUACGCGCCGUGCUAUUCAUCCUAUGCAGAGGAUUACUUCAACAAGAUUGACGUUCAAAUGGCUUUCCAUGUGAAUAUUAGAGAACCCGUAGGCUCAACCGUCCAUUGGAAGACAUGCAGCGAUCCUGUGUAUAAUGCGUACAAGUCCACUGCCUUCUCCGUGCUCCCGAUAUAUCAAAAGCUAAUUAAAGGAGAACUCAAAAUUUGGAUUUACAGUGGGGAUGCUGAUGGGAGAGUGCCAGUGAUUGGGACAAGAUAUUGGAUAGAAGCUCUUAAGCUGCCUCUGAAAACCCAAUGGCGCUCUUGGUUCCACAAUCAUCAGGUUGGAGGAAGGAUAGUUGAAUACAAUGGAUUGACGUUUGUAACGGUGAGAGGGGCAGGUCACCUCGUACCACUCGAUAAACCGAGCGAAGCUCUAGCACUUGUACACUCUUUCUUGUCCGGCGAAGAACUUCCGCGACAGAGAUGAACAUUAAGCUUCUUUUAUUUAUCUAUAUCAUUUGGAAGAAAUUAUGAACCUAAGAACACAAAUUAAAGUGGAUUGGUUCAAAUUAAACAUGUUUGUGUGAAGUUACACAAGUUCUUGUUGAAAGUUCGUGGGGUGUGGCGGAAUUCACCAAAUAAAAGCAAUGCAAACAAAUCAAUCAACUAUGCUACUGAGG